GCAGAGAGCAGAGCGAGCUGGGGAGAGCAGACAAGUUUGAAGGGGAGGGCAGGCAGAGUCAGCAGCCCCCGGGGCGCUCCUCUCCCACCGCCCAUCCCUUUCCCCUCUUCUUCCCCAGCUUCCCUCUCUGCCCUUCGCUAUUUCCCCGAAAACCCCUUAUUUAGCCAAAGGAAGGAGGUAAGGGGAAUCCUCUCCCCUCUCCCUCUCCAAAAAACCCCCCAAUUUUCCAGUCCGGAGAUCGCAGGGGCGCGAGUGGGCACCCAGCUGGCCAUGGAGCUGCUGUGCGGAGAGGUGGACCCGGUCCGCAGGGCCGUGCCGGACGCCAACCUGCUCCACGACGACCGCGUGCUGCAGAACUUGCUGACCAUCGAGGAGCGCUACCUUCCCCAGUGCUCCUACUUCAAGUGCGUGCAGAAGGACAUCCAGCCCUACAUGCGCAGGAUGGUGGCCACCUGGAUGCUGGAGGUCUGUGAGGAGCAGAAGUGCGAAGAAGAGGUCUUUCCUCUGGCCAUCAAUUACCUGGACCGCUUCUUGGCCGGAGUCCCAACUCCGAAGACCCAUCUGCAGCUUCUGGGGGCCGUGUGCAUGUUCCUGGCUUCCAAGCUCAAAGAGACCAUCCCGCUGACCGCUGAGAAGUUGUGCAUUUACACGGACAACUCCAUCAAGCCUCAGGAGCUGCUGGAGUGGGAACUGGUGGUGCUGGGCAAGUUGAAGUGGAACCUGGCGGCCGUGACCCCCCAUGACUUCAUCGAGCACAUCCUCCGCAAGCUGCCUCAGCCCAGCGAGAAGCUGUCUCUGAUCCGCAAGCACGCUCAGACCUUCAUCGCUCUGUGCGCCACUGACUUCAAGUUCGCCAUGUACCCGCCGUCAAUGAUCGCAACUGGAAGUGUGGGAGCCGCCAUCUGUGGGCUCCAGCAAGACGAGGACGUGAGCUCGCUCACGGGCGACGCCCUGGUGGACCUUCUGGCCAAGAUCACCAACACCGACGUGGAUUGCCUCAAAGCCUGCCAGGAGCAGAUUGAGGUGGUGCUUCUGAACAGCCUACAGCAGUACCGUCAGGACCAGGGCGACGGAUCCAAGUCGGAGGACGAGCUGGACCAAGCCAGCACCCCUACAGACGUGCGGGAUAUUGACCUGUGAGAGGAUGUCGGGCAGGCCGAAUGGGAGAGAAGCGUCCAAUCUGCUCUCUCCUUCUCUCUGGUUGUGUUUUGUUCUCUUAUGUUUUAGGAUGAAACUUAAAAAAAAAAAAACUGCCCCCACCUAGAUCAUAUUGAAAGAUCUUUUAGAAGUGAGAGAUAAAGGUCCUAUAAAAACGGAAUCAUUAAAAGCAUUUGGUGCCUAUUUGAAGUACAACAGAAGGGAAUCCCGUAUAUAUGCGAACAGUUAUUGUUUGAUGAUAUUAAAAGUCAUAGUAAAAUGCUUACAGGAAAACCUGCAGAGUAGCUAGCAAAAAUGUAUGCCUGCACUAUGGGAACAAAUUAGAGACUUUUUUUUUCAUGUUAUGAGCUAGCACAUAUAUACCCCUGGUAGGAUAAUUUCGAGGAAUUGCGGAUGCCAUUUAUGGCAGGAUUAGAUUGCAAAGCAAUGAACUCGAGAAGGAAUUAGAAAUAAGGAGGGACAGGACGGGGAGGGAGUUACAAAAUAAUCUCAGUGCGAUCGAACCAUUUUGGAUGGAGAAGCGCCCUUGCUCCCGACCACCUGUUUGUUACUAAGUCAGGAGCGUUGCUGGGUCUCUAGUGACAACUCUUGCUGUCUACAGUAGCUGCUACCUAAAAGAGAUGAUGUUUUGCCCGUUGGACACAGGUGAUUGGAUCCUGGGGUUUCACGUUUUUCGACAUCUUGCUUCUUCUUCCAAACAUGGUUCGUUGCAGACACCACCCAGUUUUUAUCUAAAAGGGGCAAUCUAGCUACGGGCCAUCCCCAAAACUCCUAUGAAAUGGAGGCAGACGGAGCCCGAGGGUGGGAUCUGGAAUGGAAACUUUUCUCCUGAUGUGUUCAAGAGAGUAAUGUGACCUUGGCAUCCCUCAUUAGGAAACAAACGAAUUCUUUGGUGCUGAUUGGCAUGUCUGGUCCACAGGUGAGCGUUUUGGUAUAAACCAUUCCAUUCGAAAAGCACUUUGAAAAAUUGUUCCCGAGGGAUAGAUGGGAUGGUUUAUGCAAAUCAUGCAGAGUAGUUGCCUCCCUUCUCCUCCUGUGCCCCCUCCCCUCCUGCCCCCAGUUGGGUUGCUGUCCUGUAUCUGACACUCUCUGGCAUCCCCACCGGAACUCAAGACACACCCUCUUCCGCUGAAAUCCCCAUCACAACAUUCCUAAAAACAAAACUCUGUUACCAUUUUGAUGGCACAGAAGGAUCUUAAUUCCCACCUCUAUACUCCUCCUUUGGACAUGGAAAAAAACGUUAUUGCUGGUGCAAAGACAGACAGCGGGUCAUCAGUGUGGCAUUUUGUUCCCGUUUCCGUUUUUUUGUUGAUUUCAUUGCGAGGUUGCAUUCAGCGUACUUGAAUUUUUUUUCCUCUCCACGUCUUAGAGGCAUUCAGUUAGCAGAGAGGUUGAAGCACCAACUUUUUUUUUUUUUGCACAAUUAUAAUUGACAGGUAAUGAAGCUAUUAAAAUAUUUGCCUUUUUAAGUAAAAAUAAGAAAAAGAUCAGAACAGGGCUACUUUGAAGAAUUGUUUUAUACACAGAUUCUGCCUUGUUUCGUAGUAUAAGGGUUUAAGAUGGAGAAAAAUCUAAGGGUCUCUUAUUUUUCAUUUUAUUAUGUUCAGUUUUUUAUUAUUUUUUUUUUUUGCGCUGCUAAGAAGCUAAGAUCAUUCAUUGUUAUCCACAUUAACAGUACCUAGCUGUAAUGUUUCACCGAGUGUGCUGCUAUUUUAUAAACAAUUUUAUAAUAUAUUAUUUUACCGCUUAAAUUUCCAAGUCCUGAAGUAGAUGGUUGAGAUAGGAGUUCUUCGUACUGGAAAAGCCCUUCCAUACAUAGUUUGUUUUCUUCUGGUAGCGUAUUCAUGGAUUUUUUUUUGUUUGUUUUCCUCUCUGGUCACAUCCUUCAAAGACAGAGUAUUCUUUACCUCAGGUUUACUGGACAAAAUCAAUAGCUACAAAAGAAAAUGGUUCACAUUUUUGUUCUCAUAAUACCUCACAACCGUACAGUUUCUGCUUGGGAGCCCAUUAGUCAGGAAAGGCAGAUGGGGGGAGGAGGCUGCAGCCCCUCCCAGGUGGAAGGUGGAGGUUUUGGUCCCAGGGUCUCACGCCCAGGGACCUCUUCCGUGGUGAAGGUCAUCAGGCUUCCAUUCUGACUCUGGUAUCCUCAUCAUGAUGGAAAAAAUGCAAUUGAACCAAGGGAUUUCCCCUCCCCCGCAAGGCUGACACUCAGCACAGAGGUUGAUGCAGUGGACUAGGUACCACUUGGGUACCAGCGAUCAGGACACAGACUAGAGAAUUCCAGCAGGCUAUUUGGAGAGUCUCAUCUUGCAGGCCUUUCUAAAGCAGGGCUCUCCUCUGCUUUGGGUCCUUUCUCAUCUGGCACGUUUCCCCUCUCUCUGGCCCCUUCCCGGAUACGGGCAGCCCCCGUUCAGGAUGAUCUCGGAGGGUUUCCUAGGUCUGAACCUGCAGCAGGUAGGGUUGCCAUGGCAACUGUUCCCACCUGUCUGGCCUGCGGCAGGUCCUCGCUAAGUGGCACUAAAUGGUUUUCAGGUUUUAGAUCGUGCGUUGAAUUGGCAUGGUUGGAAAAAUGGGUCCGAUGAGUUUUGGAUUGGUGGUCGAAGGGAGGUAGGGAGGCUGCUUCUCUGCAGGGAUGCAGUCCCAGCUGAGUCAGUCUCCCGUGAAGUAUGUUAGAAGGGUUCAGGACUUGGUGAGUUACAUGACCCUGACAUUCUAGGGAUUCCUGGUGGGCCAGUGGGUGCUGUAUUCUGAGGUUUUGGAGAGGAAGGCCGAGCAGCCUGUGCUUUAUCGGGAGCACAGUUUGCACAGGCCACUCUUCUGGGCCCUGAGGGGUUCCACGGGAUGGAGGGAUGCAAGGGCCCUAGAGUUCUUGGGAGUCUUGGAACCUAAAGAGAAAGCCAGGUACACAUCCCUUGAACAGUGACCAGCCACUAAGCUCAGAGGGAAGCAGCACAUGAGAGAACCUGACAAAUAAGGAAGGAAACAGGCCAACAGACUUCGCCAGAGCCCUUCACUUUCCACUGUCCCUGGAGCCCCCAGGGGGCCACUGGGGCCUUCUGGCUUUUUCUUCUUCCCAGCCCUGGAGCCCCCAGGGGGCCACUGGGGCCUUCUGGCUUUUUCUUCUUCCCAUCCUCAGGGCCUAGUGUGAUGGGAGGUGUAGGGUUGCUGAUGGGGAGGGUGCUAGGUAGUUUAGCUUUUCUGCCUGCUCUCUCCUUAACACAAAAGAAGGGACCCCGGCUUUGUUGAACUGGCUUGUACCCGCUCCUUGGAUCUUGGUUUCCUCGGUAGGAGUUUUUGUCCCAGAGGAGUUCACUUCUCCCCGUGCAUUUUUUUCUCUUUCCUCCCACUAAGAGGGUUCCAAACCUAUUCUGGUCUUUUUCUACCUUGUUGUCUUUCUCUCUCUUCUUUACUUCCUCCUCUUUAUGCUUUUUUCUUUUGGUUUUUUUUUGGUUGUUUGUUUGUUUAUAUGUUUUUCUCCAUCAGUGGGAGCUAAGUUGUUCCCCUAACCUGCCAAAUUUUGUUCCUUCCCCUAUUUUGGCCAAAUCCUACGGGGGAAAAUCCUUGUAUGCCAAAAAUAUAUGCUAAGCAUAAUUCAGUUCCAUGCGGGUUCAUAACAGCCGAGAAGCAUGCAGGCGGGGGCGGGGGACCGAUGCCUCAGCAGAAUGCUCCCCAUAGGUUGAGAGAAGGGGCUUCUGUCCGGGGAGGCUGUCCUCUGGAACUGCCCCACCCCACUGAGCAGCCCACUGUGUCCCCCAGCCAGGUCCCUGUUGGUCUGCGUGCUGUAGCGGAGGCCCCGUCCGGCCUCCUUCAGCAUCCGAGUCGGGCACGCGUGGCUCCGAGGGGGGACACCACCCCGGCUGCGGGCAUCGGGGGCUUCCCUUCCGAAGGAGCCGCGGCCCGGCCCCAAGGCCAUGUCCACGCUGCCCUGGGAGCCCUGGGACUGCCGGGUUAGGACGGUAGCAGGAUUGGAUGACUUUCUCAAAGAGGGCAGGGGCAUUUUCCCUCCACGGGCCACAGGGGGCAGGGCUGGGAGAAGAAAUAGACUCGCACCUUAUCUCAUGUAAAUAAUGAUUUUCUAGCUGAAGAAGAGAAUAUUGGUAGAGUGGAAAUGGGAAGUAAGAAUGGGGGGGGGGACAUCUGAGUAAGCCAGCUGGCUUCUAAGCCAAAAGGAUUCCUCUUUGUUUAUCUUUGAGACAGUCCGACCCUGAGAAUAGCUUUAAAAGGGAAAUUAGUGCUGAGACGGUAAAGUCCCCUUCAGCCAGCAGACGCUCUGUAGCUACGGAGCACAGCGGGCUCGGGGCAGUUCCUGUCACCCGUUUGUACAAAAUAGGGCCGGGAGAUUCAAGAGGACGUGUAUGGCUUCCUCAUCCCACUUGGCUUUUCAUGAUUCUGGAUUCUAAAUGACCCAGAACCGUCACUUCAGCCAGAACCACCGUUCUGUAUCCGUGUGUCUCUGCUUUUAGACUUGGCUGUGCUGUCAGACCCGAUUCUUGGCUUAGGUUUCCAGAAGCCAUCGGCAAACAUACACGUGCAUGCUGGAGCUGCCACAUUUAUCCCUUUGCCUGCAGCCUACUUUGGGGAAAAAAGUGCCUUACUGACUGUAGCCAUUACAGUAGCCAGUGUAUUUUGACAGGUGCCUAUCCUUUAAAAAAAAAAAGUUCUCGUGGUUUUUUUUUUUGUUUUUUUUUUUUAAUUGGUUGUAUUUCUUACUGCUGGCCAGCUCUGAAAUCCCCGGCAGAUCACCAGGCCAUUGGAUUUUUUCCAUUAUGUUCAUUACCAUGUACCUCAGAUCUCUCUCUCUCUCUCUCUCUCUCAGUUACAGUUUCUCGUCUUGGACUUUCUUUUAUUAUUAUUAUAAUUUUUUUUUUUUUUUUUGCUUUAAAAUGAGUGUGAUGCCAUAUCCAGUCAAUUUUAUUCUCUCACCAUGUACUCUGUAAGAGGUGUGGGUGUUUAUUUGGUCGGCAUGCGAGCAAGUGCUAAAGUAGCAUGAUCAGUAUACACGGAAGGUUUUUAGGAAGUAUGGGAAAAAAAUGUUGUAUUGGCCAUGAUGGUGACAUGGUAUAGUCAAGCUGCCUUUUCAGAGGUCCUAUCUGUUCAGUGUUAAGUGAUUUUUAAAAAUAAUAACCUGUUUUUCUGACUAGCUUAAAGAUGGAUUUGAAAAUGGUUUUGGAUGCAAUUAGGUUAUGCUAUUUGGACAAUAAACUCACCU